CAAACCAAAAUUGUCCGGCUGAAAAUUUGUUUUCACUACCCAACUCUAUCCACUCUCCAUUGACGACAAAACUCAACUCCUUCCCCUCUCUUUCUCUCUCUCCUCCCUCUGCACAUUUCCCACCAUUCCCACUGCUUCUGGAGUUCUGGUUCUGGAGAGAGAAAACUACCCUUCACUCAAACUCAAAAACACAACGUGUAUCACAGAGCAGAAACAUACAGUAGAUAGCUGAAAAUUAACGCAACCAAUUUCAUUAAAUUUCACCAUCCAUCCACCCCAUAAAAGUAUGGGCUUCUCGUGUUGGUGUUUCCAACCAAAUUCCAUUUUUUUUUUAAUUUAAUUUAAUAGAAUAUUCGAUAUUAUCUAUUUUUAGAUACCCAACAAAUAAAUAAGAUUGAACAAGGUGUAUAUACAUGGCAGCAGCAGCGUCUGCGUCGGUGGGUUUAUUAUACGCGCGCAGCUAUUUUCCUCCUUCCCCUUUUCUCUCUCUAAAACUUGCUGGAGGACCUCUUCCUUCUUCGUCACCUUUGUCGUCGUCGUCCUCCUCGUCGCAGUCGUCGUUGUCGUCGUCAUCACAUUUUUGUUCAUCCUCCAGUUCAUGUAAUUUCUUCGGGGUGAAUAAUAGCUGGCAAAUUCAAAGGUUUGAGUCUCAUACAAUGAGUACCACAGCUGGAAGUUUGUCUCCAACAGUUAUUGCAAGUGGAGAACGGGGGCCGGAUCAUCUUCUUGUGCUUGUCCAUGGCAUCAUGGCUAGCCCAAGUGAUUGGAUAUACUUUGAAGCGGAAUUGAAAAAGCGAUUGGGAAGAAACUUCUUAAUUUAUGCUAGCUCAUCAAAUACCUUCACUAAAACGUUUGGCGGCAUUGAUGGGGCUGGAAAACGUUUGGCUGAGGAGGUCAGACAAAUUGUACACAAGACAGGGAGUCUAAAGAAAAUUUCCUUUUUAGCUCAUUCUCUUGGUGGCUUAUUUGCGCGAUAUGCUGUUUCUGUCCUUUACACCCCAAAAAACUCGGGUGAUGGAGAUAUGGGUGAUACUUCAAAAACAGGCCACUCAACAAAGCAAGGUGUAAUUGCUGGACUGGAACCUAUAAAUUUCAUUACACUAGCUAGUCCGCACCUUGGAGUAAGAGGAAGGAAUCAGCUACCAUUCCUUUUAGGAUCUCCUCUCUUAGAGAAACUUGCUCCAUCCUUUGCUUCUAUUUUUGUUGGUCGAACUGGUAGUCAGCUCUUCCUUACAGAUGGUAAACCAAAUAGACCCCCACUUCUUCUAAAGAUGGCAACAGAUUGUGAAGAUGGUAAAUUUAUAUCUUCCCUUGGUGCAUUCAAAUGUCGCAUAAUAUAUGCCAAUGUAUCUUUUGAUCAUAUGGUUGGCUGGCGCACAUCUUCAAUCAGGAGAGAAGAUGAACUUCCCAAGCCUCCUCAACGAUCUUUGGAUGGUUACAAGCAUGUCGUAGAUGCUGAAUAUUGUCCGCCGGUUUCAUCCGAGGGUCCCCAUUUUGCUACAGAAGUUGCCAAAGCAAAGGAGGCUGCACAGACUGAACCCAGCACUCAAAAUACAGUUGAAUAUCAUGAACUCGUGGAAGCCUGUUUUUUCUCUCCAGAGGAAAUGAUACAUGGCUUGCAGCGAUUGGGAUGGAAGAAAGUCGAUGUUAGCUUUCAUUCUGCAGUGUGGCCCUUCUUUGCACAUAACAACAUACAUGUGAAAAAUGAAUGGUUUCACAAUGCUGGUACUGGAGUUGUAAAACAUGUUGCUGACAGCCUGAAGCAGCAAGAAUCUGCAUAUUUCACUGCCAGCUUAUAACAAUAAGAACUAUCAAUAUGUGCAGAAAAUCAUACUCAAACAAGCGUGUUCUUUUACGUCUUUUGAGCCUGAAAAUGAGGAAUGGGGAGUGCUGCAAGUCGUUAAAUCAAGGAGAUGAUAGAAAUGUACUCCCUCCGUCCCGGAAUACUCGACCCGGUUUGACCGGCACAAAGUUUAAGGGACUUGAAUUGACUUAUUUAAUUUAAUAGGUAGUAGUUGAUAGUGGGGUAUUAUUUUAAUGUAGUUAGUGGGAAAUGUGUAAAUGGGUGGGGUUGAAUUUUUAAUUAUUUUUUGUAUGGAGUAGGUGGGUUAAUAGGGGUGGAGUGAGAAAUAAUAUAAUUAUUGUUAGAAUAUUUCCAAUUUUAGAAACAGGUCAAGUAUUAAGGGACGGUCCGAUAAGGAAAACAGGUCAAGUAUUCCGGGACGGAGGGAGUACAUAUUAGACUUUUUUUGAACCCCUGAUGUAAGGACCUCCACCCCUCUUCUUACAUAUACUAGUUGUUGGCCGACGCGCUAACGUUCGCCGUCCCCCAAGGUAGAAAAAAAAAUCAAUUGUGCAAUUAUUUUUAUUGAAUUAUCUCAAUUAUGGCUAAUCAAAUAAAACUUUGUAUUUGAAGGAAGAAAUAUAUUUCUUACAGAUUUCUACAACAUAGUUCAUACAUGUUACAUCUAUAACAUUUCUUUUGUAAAUAAUGAACUGAAAUAGAUUGUGUAUGUUAUCAUGUUGCGACACUCAAAUUCUGACCCUGUAACAUGUUUCGUCUUUUCCAGCAGCGUCUUCAUUCUUACUUCG